AUGGUGAUAUAUGCUUUGACAACUCGCCUUUCUGAAGGCAACGUGACUAAUACGAUUUUGGACAGGACAGAUAAAACUGAUAUCGUCGUAAGCAAUACUCCUGAUGACACAGCCAAGACUACCUUACGACUUGAGGAUAUUGACUCGCCGGGGAUAUAUUCUGGAAUGACGGAAGACCCUAACAAUGCAGAAAAAAACACCGCUGAAAAUACACCUCAGAAAAAUCUGAGUUCAGGGAACUUUUUGCCUACUAGCACCGAUAGAGAUGAUGUAACGUGGGAAAACAUCACUAACCCACCCAUUACGGUAUAUACUGACUAUCAAUUCGAUCUUACCCACACAAACAGAUUCCUCGCCAGGGAUGUUACAAAAUUUAUCUGCGGGUCUGGGCAACUCUGUAAUCAGACAGACGCACAGGAAUAUGGUCAUUGCAUUGUUGAGUGCGAUCCUUGUCAGUGUGACGAGAUGUGCCACUUCUACGGAGACUGCUGUCCUGAUCUGUUAUACAUAGACUCUCCUCACUUCCCAUCCACUCCUUUCCCUGAUGUAUCGUGUUCGAAAGAAUAUUGGACGGUUUGGGAAAAUUUGACGGAUGUAUUUAUGGUGAGUUCAUGUCUACCUGAUGCUGAUCCCAUCACCGCAGAGAAAUGUGAGCGGUUAGAUAUAAACGAUCAAGAUCAGGCUACGCCUGUGUCGGUUUUGGAAACCCAAAUCACAUACAGGAACAUCUUUUGUGCUAAGUGUCACAAUGUGCCUGAUGCCCAGGCUUGGAGACAUCAUGUCGCCUGUAAGACGGAUAAUACGCUGAACACUGCCAAGUCCAAAGCUGAUUUGUGGCGUCGUGUGUUGGCGGAUGAAGAGUGUAAAGUUGAGUCCUAUCCACCUGAUGGAGUAACACUUAGAGAGUGUUAUCACUCUGAGGUGGACAGGUGUGGAGAGAACCCAGAUCCUGUGAUAGAAAACCUAUGUGUUUCCUUUAAAAACACAGUGGAUUAUUAUGGGGAAAGCUCAUUUUAUACCACGUACAGAAAUAUAUUUUGUGCUGUUUGCAACGGAGAAAGAUUAAACAAAUCAAUGAGUUGUUCUCGGGUGGAGCCAGUAUUGGUACCACCGCCUCUGACCGUAUUAUUGGAUUUCAACCCCAAACCCGAACAGCCGCUAACAACCUGGAAAGAAAUCAUUAUGUGUGAAAAAGGGCAGGCUUUUGACCCGUUCACGGAUACCUGUCGUAAUAUCACCUGUGCUGAGGGCAGAAGCCUGAAGGAUGGAAUUUGCAAGGAGUUGGUCGAAUGUGAAGAUUUCAUUGGCUACUUGCUGGAUGUCACUCUUUACCCACCUUCUCGAAUUUUUGAUACAACGUCCUUAAGGAAGCAAUAUGUUACAAAAAUUGAAGACCAGCUAACUGAUUUCCACCCAAUUCUCAUUGCAUUCAUGAAAAUGUCAUUCUUCACAAAGAAGAAGGAAACAAUAGACUUAACUAAAGAAGCAGAUCUCGUUACUGCUAGCGUCAACAUUUUCACCCACUGUCAGACAAAUGCCACACAGCUAGAAAAUGUUUUGUUUACUUUCAUGUGGGAAAAUUUCUUUUACAAUUCCUCUGGAGAACUUGUUACAUUAUCUAGCAGACCCUAUUUCUGUCCUCAACCAUUUAAAGAUCCAGCGGGUAUGACACCUGUGAACAGAGAAGCCCAUGCAGCAUUUUCCUUUGAUAUAUUUCCCAACUGCCAACAUUAUAAAUGCGUUCAUGAGAUGACGUAUCAAACCCUUUCACUGAGUUGCCCAUUUGUAGAAUACACUGAUCGUUUUGAGGAAAACUUUACGUUCGAUCCACUCACAUACAAUUUAGAAUUUGGCAAUUACUCCUUUCGCUUGAAUCGAAACGAAUUCCGUUUCUGUGGUAGGAUUUUGAGGAUAUGUGUUGACACUAUCGCCAACAUGACUCAGGUGAUAUUUGGUGACAGGACGCAGGGUAUAAUGCAAGGUCAAGACUUAGCUCUCUCCAUCGUGUCCCUGGUCUGUAUAAGUUUGUCCCUCGCUGGUCUACUUUUCACUUUCAUUGUCUACUGCGCUGUACCAAAACUUCGCACGUUACCUGGAAAAAAUAGCAUGGCGCUUAUAUUCCACCUGUUUUGCUCACAUCUUAUCUUUCUGACAACGUCUAACAGGACAACAAAUGUUGUACUGUGUCAGGUAUUUGGGGUACUUGUUCACUUUUUCUGGAUGGCUUCAUUUACCUGGAUGCUGAUCUGUGCAUAUCACAUGUACAGGGUCUUCACAAGCAUACGGGCUUACGUAAGCGAUGGUAACCGAGAUAUGAAAAAAUUGAUUAUGUAUUCUCUCUUUGGCAUUUUUAUUCCAAUAUUUAUCAUUGCAUCUUGUAUAGUAACGCACGCUGUCCAAAGCAAAGGAGUAGAUAUCGGAUAUGGUGGGGCCAUAUGCUUUCUGAACAGUCCCUUCUCUAUUGGCGUUUUCUUUGUUGGUCCUUUGGCUUUCAUUCUUGUCUUGAACGCUAUAUUUUUUACAAAGACAAUACUUGCGAUAAGAUCAGUUCCUGAAAUGAAGGAAGCCUCCAACAAAUCCAAAAAGCAACACGUCUUUGUCUACAUCAAACUGUCACUGCUCUUCGGCUUCACUUGGACAUUCGGGAUUCUGGCAACUCUUUUAGAAUCUAUAGUGCUACAGUACGUAUUUACCGUUCUGACGGGGAGUCAAGGUGUGAUGAUAUUUUUGUCUUAUUGUGCCAACAAACGUACCUGGGCGGAAUUAAAAGCCGAAAUGUCUGGUGACAAAAAAUCUCGCUUUGAUGUCAUCUCAAAUAAGAAAUACACCAUGUCCACGGGCACCAGAGAUACCCAUUCUAAGAACUGACGCAGGAAACCAUUCUUUCAUCUGCUUCUUACUACAGCAUUUUGAAGUAAGACAAAAGCUUAUAGACUUGUAAUCUGGUCACACAGAAGGGAUGAACCAACACAAGCUAUACAUCUGGUCGCACAAAGCAAUUUGAGCAGUCAUGAAAUUCACAUAACUUACAUCUAAUUUCAUGGAACUGAUGAAUGGGUUAAGACUGUUACAUAACUUCGUAUUUCGUCGCACGGAGCUAGAGAAUGAGGAGGGCUUGUGAUGUAACUCUCAAAUCAAAAUUAUUUCCCGUACAGAAUUCUUUUCUAUACGAACAACCGGUUGGAUAGCUGAGAUAUGUGGGUAUUGUGUGUUUUUUGUGGUAAGUUUGUCUUUGUAGGUGGCAAUAUCCAAAUGCCAUGAAAAUAUUGAAUUCAUUAUAUAUCCAUUUUUCAUGUGCUGUUAGCCAUAUGCCUGAAAUAAAACCAUCUGGUAGAUCUCCCCGCUCCCACUUUUUAUGGAGUGGUAAUAGGCGCUUAACGACCCAGGAGCCUUUCACCAAUGCAGUCGCUGUGAGUUCAAAUCCAGCUCAGGCUGGUUUCCUCACCUGCCGUACGUAAGAAAGCCUUUCAGCAACCUGCGGCUGGUCGUGGGUUUCCCCGGGGCUCUGCCCGGUUUCCUCCCAUCUUAGUGCUGGCCGCCAUCGUAUAAGUGAAGUAUUUUUGAGUAUGGCUUAAAACACCAAUCAAAUAAAUAAAUAAAUACUAUUUAUGCUGUACGUCUAUCACACUGUCGUGAAGUGAAAAUUAUUAUGUUCAGAAUGCUUUACUUGUGGGACACGGAACCAUGGCGGCCUUUCUCCAACAGCAUGACCGUGCAUCUCUUAUCGUUAAUUGAUUUACUCUAUACAUUGAUGUGUUACAUAACUAAGGAUAUGUUCAGUCCAGGUUACUUUUGAUUUUACACACUAGAUAUUACCUGUAAAACAUAAAUCAGUUAAACUUGCCGUAAUUGUUGUUCUGUCCUUCAGUGACUGGAAACUUGUUGUUGGGAAGUGCUAAAAUGACCAAGUGCUACUGUAUUGUAUCUUAAAAUAUUUUGUUUGGUUUUAGUCAGUUUUCAACACAGGUAAUAGGGGAAGAAAAUAGGUCACUUCAUGAACUAUUGACAUCGUUUUUGUGUUCCACAGUUUGUUUUUCAUUAGCAUGUUGCGCAGGUCUGUACGUCAAAUGUGGUUCACCUGUAUCUCACCAAAGUUUUAGAUGACCAACAAUUAAUUAAUAAAAUUUUGUAAUUGCACAUGCUCUCUGAAACCGCAACAUGAGUCUCUACUCGUUGUGAUUAAUUUCUGAUAUGCAUCUAGUUAAAUGUCACAUUACAUUAAUAUCUCUGACAGCCGUGUACACUGAUGUAUGAGAUUUAAGCAUAUAGGGUAAUCUUCUCUGUUUGAUUACGUAUGUACACGUAGAAAUAAUCGAUUGCUGUUAAAUGUUGAACAGUUAUAUGAUUUAUAUAAUGU